GAUUUGCUUUAGAGGUCUCCGAUGCUUAUGUAAAGAAGGCAUUGGGAAAAAGAUGGAGAGACCAUAAGAGCACUUUAAAGAAAGACUAUUUUAAGACAAAAACAACACUCGACGAGAGAUUACAAAAUGUCCCGCCGGGAAUGCUGAGGUACCAGUGGGAAGAGGUCGUUAGAUUUUGGACUUCGAAGAAAGGAGAGGAUCGUGAAGAAGUUGGAAAAAAAAGUAGGCAGCAACAAAAAUUCACUCACACAGCUGGGUCGAAAAGUUUUGCGUGUGUAGCUCAUGCAGAGGAACUAUCGUCCGGUCAAAAAGUUGGACGCCUUCAACUUUUUGACAUUACACAUAGGAAGAAAGAUGGAAACCCUAUGACUCCUGAAGCUGCAGAAAUUAUGGAAAAAUUAAAGGAUAAAAAGGCGGAGUACGAAGCGAUUGUUUCCAGUGAUAGUUCUGUUCAUAUUGACGACAUUGAUAACCGGAUUAUCACUGAAGUUUUGGGUCCUGAAAGGUAUGGUCGGGUUCGAUUUCAAGGAUCUUUUGUUAACCCAUCCCAAUAUUUUGGAUCUAGCUCGCAACAAUAUAUGCCUUCGGGGAGUUGA